CACAAACAACACCCUACUUACCUACCUUACGACCAGUCUUCCAUCGCCAUCGUAUAGAGACCUGCUCCUAUAGCAUUCAGAGGCUUCCCCAAUGGCGGCGACGAAUCGAAUUGACCCUAUGCCGGAGCCGGCCACCGCCUCGUGGGGUCUGACCAUCACCGACGCCGACUUUCAGAAGCUCAAGGCCGGCCUCCAGGUCUUUAGCAUGGACGACAAAUUGCGCGUUUGGUUCACGGAGGAGCCCGAGAGCGGCAACGUCACCGUCCACAUCGUCCGGCACUGGAUAGGCCGCGAGCUCUACUCAGUUGUUAUCAAACCAGGUGACGGCUGCGCGACGAUCGAGACCAUCAACUGGUCGCAGGACCAAGGUGGCAUCCGCAUCACGGAGGGAAUAGCCAAGAUGCACGUGGUGAUAUUAACCAGAUGCAAUAUGGGAUGCGAGUUCGAGGGGCUUCCCGACUGUGACUCGGAGGACUUUUUUGACGAGCCUGCUCCCGGCUCUUACGACAAGCCCAACUUUCUCUCCAACGGUACCAACGGCACCAACGACACCAACGGCACCAACGGCACCGAUGGCACUAACGGCAUCAAUGGCAUCAAUGGCAUCAAUGGCAUCAAUGGCACCAACGGCAACCACUGAGGACUCUUCGGUCUUCUGCACCAAGUAUGCAGGCUAGGAUAGAUACAGUUACCAAUGCAAAAACAUGCCGU